ACAUGAAGAUACUGAGGAACAACCAGACAUGAUAGCACUGAAAGAGGAGAGUCAAGAAAUGAAUGAAGCAGAAGAGAAAGAUCGGUGUAAGAAACUUGAUUUCAUGACUGCGGAAAAAUCCACAAAGACUUCUUCAGGAAACCGAGCUCAAGAAUGUCUUAAGACUCACUUGAGAGCUCACGUUGGAGAGAAGCUGUUCACAUGUGAUCAGUGUGGAAAGAAUUUCAGAAGUAAAGUAAACCUUUAUCAUCACAUGAGAAUUCACUCAAGAGAGAACAUAUGUCAUCAGUGUGAAAGGAGUUUCACAGACAAGAAACAGCUUAAGAAUCAUGUCAAAAUUCACAUCGGAGAAAAGCCUAACAUGUGCUAUCACUGUGGAAAGAGUUGCGUAAACAAAACAGUCCUCACGGUUCACUUGAGAGUUCACACCGGAGAGAAGCCUUUCACCUGCCCUCAGUGUGGAAAGAGAUUCACUCAAAAACAAAACAUUAAAGUCCACAUGAGAGUUCACACUGCAGAGAGACCUUUCACUUGCACUCAGUGUGGAAAGAGUUUUGCUGAAAAACAAAACAUGAAAGUCCACAUGAGAGUUCACACUGGAGAGAAGCCUUUCACUUGCACUCAGUGUGGACACAGUUUUACAUGUAAUCAAAGCCUUAAAGCCCACAUGAGAAUUCACACCGGAGAGAAACCUUUCACCUGCCCUCAAUGUGGAAGGAAUUUUACUAAAAAACACAACAUGAAAGUCCACAUGAGAGUUCACACUGCAGAAAGACCUUUCACUUGCACUCAGUGUGGGGACAGUUUUAUAAGUAAAGAAAGCCUUAAUUCCCACAUGAGAAUUCACACCGGAGAGAAGCCUUUCACCUGCCCUCAUUGUGGAAGGAGUUUUGCUAAAAAACACAACAUGAAAGUCCACACGAGAGUUCACACUGGAGAGAGACCUUACAUGUCGUCUUUCCUUUUUACCUGCCAACAGUGUGGAAACAGUUUCACUAAUAAAGGAAGCCUUAACAAGCACAUGAGAGUUCACACUGGAGAGAAGCCUUACACAUGCAAUCAGUGUGGAAAGAGUUUCAGUUUUCAUGGAAACCUUAAAGUUCACAUGAGAAUUCACACUGGAGAGAAGCCUUACACAUGCAAUCAGUGUGGAAAGAGUUUCAGUUUUCAUGGAAACCUUAAAGUUCACAUGAGAAUUCACACUGGAGAGAAGCCUUUCAUCUGCAAACAGUGUGGAAAGAGUUUCAGUCAACAUGUAAAUCUUGAAUCUCACAUGAGAAUUCACACUGGAGAGAAGCCUUUCACCUGCAAACAGUGUGGAAAGAGUUUCAGGCAACCUGGAAAUCUUGUUCACCAUAUGAGAAUUCACACUGGAGAAAAGCCUUUCACCUGCAAACAGUGUGGAAAAAGUUUCAGUCAACCUGGAACCCUUAAUUACCAUAUGAGAGUUCACACUGAAAAGAAACCCUUCACCUGCCUUAAAGUCCACAGGCGAAUUCACACUAUGGAGAGAUUUUUUACCUGCCAACAGUGUGGAAACAGUUUUACUCAUAAAGGAAGUCUUAACAGGCACAUGAGAACUCACACUGAGGAAAAGCCUUACAUAUGCCCUCAGUGUGGAAAGAGUUUCAGUCAAGAACGAUACCUUGAAAUUCACAUGAGAAUUCACACUAGAAAGAAGUUUCAACAGAAAAGGUAACCUUCAGUACCACAUGAAGAAUCUCUCCUCAAGAGGGACCUGUUUAAAUGUUAAGUGUUGUAUGAGUUUUACAGACAAGAAAAGCCAAAGAAUCAUUCAGAGACAUCACAUAACAUCUUCCGUAGAGCUGCUUUACAGCUGAAUCGCAUCUUGCAACAUUGACAUUUGUUAUAUUUAACAAAUAACCCCUAACACCCCUCACCCAACCAACAAGCCAACUAUGACUUCCCCCGAAAUGCAACUAAUGCCUCAAAAAGGCAGAACCGGCCUCUGGUUCCAUGGCAACCAAAGACAAAUCAUCUGAUAACAUUGGUUUUAUUGCUUAAAGGAAUGCGGGCAGAGCAACUCUCACUACAUUUCCAAGACACAUAAUGCCCAUAGAAAAGGACUCUUCUCUGAAUAAUUCAUAGACAAACAUUUCUGAGAAUGAACACUCAUAUCCUCAGUUCAUUGUGUGUAUUAUUACUGUUCUUGUAUAUUGUCUAUUGUAUUGUAUACUGUUUUACACAUGCGUUAUGAUAGAAUCACUAGUUAAUGUAACCUCACCUAUACCAUGUUAGGUAUCUAUGAUUUGUGUUGAUCUAAAUGAGAGUGUAUAUUAUAUGUUGUAAUGGAAUUCUUUAAUACGGUAAAUUCUUUAAUACAUUCUAGGUAAGCACAUUUUGAGAAUUGAGAA